AGAGAAGUAGCCCUUCAUCGUCCUUUUUAUGUGUAAGUGUGGCCUAGUAGCUCACCAGCCAUUGCCAUCGAGGGUCAUCGAUUGGAACUUUGAGCAAAAGUGUUUUAAAAGAUGUUUUCAUUCGUGACAAAACAAAGGGAGGCGGGCGCUUUGUCGUGAUAAACAGGUGAACUACUAGACCGAAAAAACCAAAAGCAAAUGGCCCAAGGAGUGCAUUCUUGAGGAGUGCGAGGCUGAGGAAGAGAAGUGAGAGAGUUGACGCAUCAAGCGCCGCAAAACAGGAACCGGCAGACAUGAUUUAGUUUCGGUUUAUUUUGUCAAGUUUGCCUUUGCGCAAAGAAAUAGUUUUGGUUCUUCCUUUUGCCUAUAGCGCCAAAAGAAAAUCUUCCGCAAUACAAAAAUGGACCUGAAUUUUGGAAUUUCGGGUAAGUCCGCCUCUAUCCAGGCGAGUGCGAAGCCCGCCCCGCGGGUUAGCAGCACGAGGCCGGGCGCCGGGUCGGCUACGUCCUCGUCCAGCUCGACCACUGCGCUUGGCGCAAAGUCGAUGGUGCGCGCGUCGCAGUGGAGCCGGGAUGUCGAAGACCUUUACCGGCUGCAGCAGGCCGGGUGGAAAACUCUCGAAGAAUACACCGCCGCCAACGGGGCUCCCGAUCGGUGGGAGCAGGAGCGAUGCGCAGAUCAAUACAUCUUGAAAACCAAAUUGAAGUCCAACGGUUUUUUCGUGUACUGGAAAAAAGACCGCGAAUGCCUCGACUCAGACUUGAAAAAGGUGAAGAUUUAUUCGUGAAAGGAGACAUAAAUAAAUACGCCCUUUGAGGAGACACCACAGAGAUAACGAAGCAACACUAGUACACAGUUAUUUGGUUUUCCGCCUUGCAGUUCCAGAUCCAGUUCGUUGAACAAGAACUUGAAAUUCGAAUUCGUGGUCGCCGCUGUGCGAGCGUCUUGUACGUGUCAGAGGCUGAACCUGAAUCCGCGAAAUAAUUGACGCGAAAGUUGCAAAACGUACUGAAAGUACUUACUUAAUAAAUUUGCCGCACCGGUGAACCUCAGAUCAUAUGUAGC